AUGGAGGGGCACCUAGCUCGCUGCAAGAUCGUGGUGGUGGGGGACACGCAGUGCGGCAAGACCGCGCUGCUGCACGUCUUCGCCAAGGAUUGCUACCCCGAGAGCUACGUGCCCACCGUCUUCGAGAAUUACACGGCCAGCUUCGAGAUCGACAAGCAGCGAACCGAACUCAACAUGUGGGACACCUCAGGCUCAGCAUAUUAUGAUAACGUCCGUCCCUUGGCGUACCCAGACUCAGACGCUGUGCUCAUCUGCUUUGACAUCAGCCGCCCGGAGACCCUGGACAGUGUGCUCAAGAAGUGGCAAGGGGAAACACAGGAAUUCUGCCCCAAUGCCAAGAUUGUGCUAGUGGGCUGCAAGCUGGACAUGCGGACAGACCUGAACACGCUGCGGGAGCUCUCCAAGCAGCGCCUCAUCCCUGUCACACAUGAGCAGGGCAGUGCUCUGGCACGGCAGAUUGGUGCAGUGGCCUAUGCAGAGUGCUCCUCCAAGGUCUCUGAGAACAGCGUGCGGGAUGUGUUUCAUGUGACCACGCUUGCCUCUGUCAGCAGGGCGCACAAGAACCUGAAGCGCAGCAACUCCAAGCGGGGACUGAAGCGGGUGUCACAGAUGCCUGGCAGGACAGACUUGCUGAGUGACACAGAGAUCAGGAAAGACCGAGCCAAGAGCUGCUCCAUCAUGUGA